AUGGUUAAUGGUCCAGCUGAACUUCGUAGAAAAUUAGUCAUUGUUGGUGAUGGUGCUUGUGGUAAAACUUGUUUAUUAAUUGUAUUUUCAAAAGGUACUUUUCCUGAAGUUUAUGUUCCAACUGUUUUUGAAAAUUACGUUGCUGAUGUUGAAGUUGAUGGUAGAAAAGUUGAAUUAGCUUUAUGGGAUACUGCUGGGCAAGAAGAUUAUGAUAGAUUAAGACCUUUAUCAUAUCCGGAUUCAAAUGUUAUUUUAAUUUGUUUUUCGGUUGAUUCUCCAGAUUCAUUAGAUAAUGUUUUAGAAAAAUGGAUUAGUGAAGUUUUACAUUUUUGUCAAGGUGUACCAAUUAUUUUAGUCGGAUGUAAAUCUGAUUUAAGAGAUGAUCCUCAUACAAUUGAAGUUUUAAGACAGCAACAACAACAACCAGUUUCAACUUCUGAAGGACAACAAGUUGCACAAAGAAUUGGAGCUGCUGAUUAUUUAGAAUGUUCCGCUAAAACAGGCAGAGGUGUUAGAGAAGUUUUUGAAGCUGCAACAAGAGCUUCAUUAAAAGCAAAAGAUAAAAAAGAAAAGAAGAAAAAAUGUGUUGUUUUAUAA